GUCACAGAUGAAUAACUCUGUCAUCUUGCAGCAAUGUCUUAUUAAGAAAUCCCAACAAAAAAGGAGAACAUCUCCCGCUAACUUCAAAUCACGAGUCUUUAUCCUUAACCAUAACUCUCUCAGUUAUUACGAACAUCGUCAAGGGAAAGUCCGUUCUCUACGGGGCUCCAUUGAAUUGGCUCGUAUUAAAUGUGUGGAAAUUGUAACAACGGAUACCAGCAUCCCUUGCAGGAACAAGUACCCUUUCCAGGUAGUCCAUGAUAAUUAUUUUCUGUAUGUCUUUGCUCCGGACAGAGAAAGUAGACAGCAAUGGGUGCUGGCGUUAAAAGAAGAGACCAGGAACAAUAGUUAUAUAAUACCCAAGUACCAUCCCAAUUUUUGGUUGGAAGGAAAAUGGAGAUGCUGCUCACAGACGGAGAAGAUGGCAGCUGGUUGUGCAGUAUAUGACCCAAAUAACGAUGCCACAAAGAAGCCUCUGCCACCUACACCAGAUGACAACCGGCUAAAUCUACUGGAGCCUGGCUGGGCACUAGCACUCUAUGAUUACAAAACGACAAACCCUUUAGAAUUAGUGCUCUGCAGAGGGGAAGAGUACAUGCCCCUGGACACUUCUGAUCCUAAUUGGUGGAAAGUGCAGGAUAAAAAUGGGCACAUUGGACAUGCACCAAGAAGUUACCUUGCUAUGAAGAGCAAAGGCAGUCUGCUUGAGUAUGAGUGGUACAACAGAAACAUCAGCAGAAACCAAGCAGAAAAGCUCCUCGCUAACCAUGGUAAAGAAGGUGCUUUUAUGGUCCGAGACUCAAGACACCCAGGAAUGUAUACAGUAUCAAUCUUCACCAAAGUUUUUGGUGAUAGAAAGCCAGCUGUGAAGCAUUAUCACAUCAGGGAGACCAAUGAAACCCCUCCCAAGUAUUACCUGGCUGAAAAAUUUAUCUUCACUACUAUCCCACAACUUAUUAACUAUCAUCAACACAAUGGAGGGGGCCUGGUUACAAGACUGCGACAUCCUGUGUGUUCCUGGAAAGAGACAGCACCGGUAACUGCAGGCUUAAGCUACGGGAAAUGGGAAAUUGACCCCACACACCUCACAUUAAUACAAGAGAUAGGCAGUGGCCAGUUUGGUGUGGUACAGCUGGCGAUGUGGCGCAAGAUCACCAAAGUGGCUAUAAAGAUGAUUCGAGAAGGGAUGAUGUCAGAAGAUGAUUUUGUUGAGGAAGCUCAAGUGUUAAUGAAACUAUCCCAUCCUAAACUUGUGCAGCUACUAGGUGUUUGUUCCCAACAAAAUCCCAUCUUUCUGGUCUUUGAGUAUAUGGAACAUGGUUGCCUCUUAGACUACUUGAUCAGCCAUCGUGGGAUGUUUUCUAAGGGAACAGCUAUGGGCAUGUGCCAAGAUGUCUGUGAGGGAAUGGAAUACCUAGAGACUUCUAACUUCAUCCACAGAGAUUUGGCUGCACGUAAUUGUCUAAUUGGGGAGGCACUAGUGGUCAAAGUUUCAGAUUUUGGAAUGACAAGGUUUGUUCUUGAUGACCAGUAUACCAGCUCCUCAGGCACCAAAUUUCCCAUCAAAUGGUCAGCGCCAGAAGUCUUCCGAUAUGGCCGAUACAGCAGCAAAUCUGAUGUGUGGUCUUUCGGUGUGCUCGUCUGGGAGGUAUUUAGCGAGGGGAAAACACCCUUUGAACACCUAAGUAACGGAGUGGCAGUGGAGGAAAUCUCAGCUGGACUGAGGCUCUUCAAACCUAAGAUGGCAUCUGAAAGGAUAUACAAACUCAUGAACAGCUGUUGGCAGGAGAAACCAGAAUCACGUCCAACUUUUAGUCGUCUGAUGAGGGAGAUCACGGAAAUAGUUGAAUCUGAAACGUGAUUGGCUGAUCUGAAGAGAGGCAACCAGGGAACUGCUUUAAAGAGUCCAGAUACUAUUGUAUGUGUUUACUACACACAAUUGUGGCAUGUAGUAAGGGUUUGAGUUAGACAUAUCUUUUAAUGUCAUGUCUGAUGACAGGUAAAACAGUGUUCUCUGACAACUAGUAGCCAGGUUAUCAAAUAGACCCUUAUAAGCAAAAUGCUAUUGUAAGACAUAGCCCCUUUUAGUGUUAAUUAUAAUUACAUUUUAAAAUUAUGAGAUUUAAAUCUAAUUUUCCUCUUAAUAAGGUAUUUAAAACACCAUAGGGUACUUGGAAGGUUUCUUUUGGAAAUAAACAAUUCAGAUCUUGUAAAUCUUAUCAAUAAGUCUGUAUCCUCAUGAGAUAUAAAGACCUUUAAAAACAUGUAACAAUCUGAAUAAUAGUGACUUACAUGUUGUACCGUACAUUCCAUCUGCUUAUCUGGGCACACAAGGUGAAAAUUAUAAAUAGUGAGAUAAUGACAGGAAAUGGGAAAACAAUUACCUAUUUCUAUGUAAUUGUGUCUGCUCUUCCUUGUGAAGUUUGCUGUAGCUAAAAGGACAGUAAAUACCCUAUAGUAGUGGCAAUAAAUUAGCACAAGUAAGUGUGGGGGAACAAUAAAUUAACACCUUGAUUGCUGUAAUUGUUUUACAAUAGCCAAACUCUACCUACAAUUUGACCUUUUUGGAGAAGCCAAUCCAGACUUGUGACGGGAUUAGACAAGGCUAGGCACUGUCAUUUUUAGUAAACAAUUCAUUGGUCCGCAGUUUAUCUGAUAAUAUCUGUGGAGGCCUAUUAGGGACACAUAUGUUGCAGGGUUAGGCUUGUAAUGUCUGUCAUGUGCACUUCCAGCCCUCAAACGUGGGACAUUGGUCAUUUUCAGAGUUAAAUCACAGGAAAGGAGACAAAAUAAAGAAUAAAUGUGUAUUGUAAAUCAUGUAUUUUAUUGUGAUUAAACAUUUUAUAUAAAAA